CCUCCUGCCUCUCCCUCUCAAAGUCUCCCGUCUUACUGUCUCAUUAGCCAUCACUACUUCCCUCUGUACACAUUAUUCAUCCAACAGAACCUACUGAAAAGUUGUUUAUACGGCCUGGAGAUAGCUGCCGAGAAUCACUAUGGCAGACUUCGACCAUAACAAUAUGCACGAAGGUGCAAACCAAAAGUAUCUCCGCACGGACUCUUCCACCUCCUUUGCAUACUAUCCUCCACAGUCUAGAAAGGCGACCCGCAAUGCAUCACUCAGAUACCACCCUUUCAGCAUGCUCGUCAUGACGGUCUGGAUCAUCCUGACAGUCGCCCUAGUCGUGCUCCUCGAGAGGUCCGUCGCACUCGGCCCUACCACCCUCCACCUUCCUUGGUACUACAGCAGUACCGGUCUCCCCUCCGACCUCCUCACCGUCUUCGCCCAAGGUCACGUCCCCAUAUCCAUCAUGCACCUCUGCCGCCUCGCCGCCUCGGGAAUCCAGUCGCCCCGGACCGCUCCACGAACAUGGAUCGAAUUCUUCUGGACGGUAGACAUGUGCUGGUCCGGGCCCGUAGGGAUCUUGGCUACCCUCUGGAGCAUGACGAAGCUGAGGGUGCUCGUCUCUCCGGUUUUGGUGGCAUUUUCGGUCAUCAGCAUUGUGGCGCUGGUGACACCACUCGUCCUGGACCAUGCAUAUCCCAUUCGGACGAUCGACGUGCAGCUCCAGCGGACGUUCAACCCUAACACGCUUUCGGCGUCGAAGAUGGGCAACAUCGACGCGUAUGCUCAGCUCGCACAGGGAGGUGCGGGUUGGGCCACGAAUUUGACGGUGAUCAACCUGUUCAAUGAGACUACUUUUACUCCUGUCGGCGGAGACCGUGGAACGAACUCGAGCGAUUUCUUCUUCGCGGGUGAUGUUGAGAGCUUGGACACUGCCCUUCCCGGAGUUCGCGUCCAGGGUGGAUGUCAAGCGAUAAACGACCAGACGAGCCUCGGAAAUUUCACCGCAUUCACGGCCUAUUGCAAGAACCAACUCACGACCGUCGCCGACCACAAGGCCCUGGUCAUCGGAUCCGGGGCUAUCGACCUAAACCUCAACGUCUCAUAUUGCACGAACAUAUCCUCUUUCUCCCCCCUCCAAUCCCCUUCCUACACCUCGUCCUUCGUCUGGUUCGAGAACACCGCCGGCCGGAUAUCGGGAGACCUCGUGAAGGGUCUCGUACGCUGCGACGUCUGCGCCAGCACGGGAAAUGCAUCCGUCUACGGGCGCACUCUCACCUUCGACAACUUCGUCCCCAACAACACCAUGUACCAGUCCACACAAGGCGGAGAACCCCUCCUCGACCCCAUAUCCGCCGUCAUGUAUCACCUAGCAGACGCUACCACGGCCGACAGCGACGAGGACAGCCAGGAGCCGCUCAACAUGUUGGGAUAUUACGAGACUAGCGAGGACGGUGUUCCGCUAUACGUAUCCCCCUCUCUCGAAGGGUACGCAGCGGCGAUGUGGCGCGGUGCAUCGCAUAUGACAGCCGCGAUUGCCCUUCUCUCCCGUUCUUCCGAUACGACCUACCCCGCUACGUCGCACACCCCCGUCUCCGCACGGACGAAAGACUUCGCGUUCUUCGUCGUCGCUCUCGCGCUUCUAGGAGUCUGGUUUGUGGGGAUGUUCGCGCUGACGGUGGGGAUGUGGAGGAAGGCGUCCGGAGAUUUGUUGGACAGUUAUACGGCUGCGCGGAUAGUGGCAGGGCGGCCAGAUCUGGUGAAUGUGGAUUCGCCGGAGGACUUGGAGGAUAACCCGAGGCUUUUGGAGAAGUUUGACGGGGGGAACGGGAUCCGGGUUGAUCUGGGCGGGGAAGAGAUUGGAUAUGUGGCGGCUGGGGGGAGGGGGACUCUGAGCAGUCGACGACCUCAUGAAGGAGAGAAGUAUAACUUCUAAUCACAUUAUUUAUUCUGGAUUUCGUUGGUGAGAUAAAAGGGUUCUAUGUAUGAGUUGAUCGGUGAUACCUAUUCAUUUAUUUUGG